GGCGUGUGCGAAAAGGUGAAAGGAGAAGGGAAGGGGGAAAGAAAAGGCGACGACGAGAGAGGAGAAGAGAAAGAAAUCUGAAAAAGAGGCUACCAAAAUCCUAUUUUUCCUCUCUUCGAAAUCGCCCUUUCCGUCGAUCCCUUCUCAAUAAGGAAAAACGAGAGACGAAUUAGGGUUUGCUCGGUGAUAUAAAAAUGCAUAAAUUGGGAAGAGGACAUCGAGACAAAGUUCAGCAGUUCAUGGCAAUAACGGGAUCGAGUGAGAAAGCUGCUGUUCAGGCUUUGAAAGCCAGUGAUUGGCAUUUAGAGGGGGCUUUUGACAUAUUUUAUAGCCAACCCCAUAUUAGAACUGUUACUGACUCCAGGCAUCUUGAAGAACUCUAUAACAGAUACAAAGAUCCUUAUGUUGAUAUGAUACUGGUGGAUGGUAUAACUCUUCUUUGCAAUGAUUUGCAGGUGGAUCCUCAAGAUAUUGUUAUGUUAGUUGUAUCUUGGCACAUGAAGGCUGCUACAAUGUGUGAGUUCUCUCGGCAGGAAUUCAUUGGUGGAUUACAAUAUCUUGGGAUAGAUACAAUUGAGAAGUUUCGUGAUAAGUUAUCAUAUAUGCGAAGUGAGCUAAAAGAUGAACAAAAAUUUCGUGAAAUAUACAAUUUCGCUUUUGGCUGGGCUAAAGAAAAGGGUCAAAAAUCUCUAGCACUUGAUACAGCUAUUGGCAUGUGGCAGUUGUUGUUUGCAGAAAGGCACUGGCCUUUAGUUGACCAUUGGUGCCAGUUCUUACAGGUGAGGCAUAACAAAGCAAUAUCGAGAGACACCUGGUCUCAGCUAUUGGAAUUUGCUAAGACUGUUGAUCUUCAACUGUCCAACUACGAUGAAGAAGGUGCUUGGCCCUAUCUGAUUGAUGAAUUCGUGGAGUACUUGACCGAGAAUGGAAUCGUCCAGCGCCCUCAGAAUUGAGAAGUGACACAAAGCAGUUGAUUGUACGCUGUUGUUUACAGAUUCCUUGCAGUGUCUUAUGAUUGGUUCACAAAAUCAGGAUUUGGUUCUCAUUCAGAAUGAGCAUGAAGGCCUCAAAACUUUUGCCUCGAUUGAUCAACGGUGAGCGAGUCCUAUGCACGUUGAAGAAAUAUGGUGUUGAAGUGGCCUGUCCCUUCUGAAGUUUGCAUUCUUUUCUCACUUAGUAUUAUGAUAGCAAAAUCCCAAUGCUCUCGUCUCUGAAAGCUACCUUUUUGCUUUCAUACAUAUAGUUGAGACUUGUAGUUACACUUUGUGCUCACUUGCAGUUUGAGUUGCUGGAAACUUUAUGGCA